GUGAUAAAUUUUAAGAGUAAAUUCUCUCCGUGUACUUUUUUCUGUACGAACAAUAUUGCUGCAAAGUAUAUAAUUUCAAUAAAGAUUUCGAUUUUGUUUUCGGCUGACGCGCGCAAAUUCAUUAUUCUUAAACGCCAAUCGCUGAUAACCACAGUUUUGAAUUGACAAAUUCGAAAUUGCGAGUGUAAAUUUGUUUCAUUAUCUUAUAUCUGUCUAAAAACGUACGUCUAAUUUCGGGAUGUCUCACGUUUAUUAUACAGAAUUAUGGCUCGUCACGAGAAGCGAUUUAGAAAAGAUGCUGGAGCUCGAACGAAAGUUGCAGCAUACGCCACUAAAGAAAAAAGCGGUUUUAAAUUCUGCGUUAUCUACAUAUCUGAAAUAUCGUAAUAUCGUAAGAAGACUCAUCAUGUGUUAUGAUCAAAUGGUGCACACGCAAAAACGGGAGUUAAUCAAACAAAUGUUGGACUGUGCUAUCGGACGAAUGCUAGAAUAUAAAAAGGAAAUCGUCAAACUGGAUAACAGUGACUACCAAUGGCUCGACGAUAUUCUAAAUCGCAUGAAAUUCACCCCGGAUGAUAUCGAGCUAUUUGCAUCAGUAUCAGGCAGAGGACGCGUUGAGGAACGCAGGAAGUUUAUUCAGGAAUUAGUGGAAAGCGCUUAUAAACCACCACCAAUGCGAGAACGCAGCCUCUCACAGCUACAUAUCGAAAGUAUGACCGAACUGGGUGAAGAGAUUUCGAGGACUCGCAUCGCGCGAAGGAGACUGCGUGUUGUUCCUUCAAAGGUGGAAAUAAUCCGUGAAUCUCCCGAGGAAAAAGCCGCACGGGAAGCUAAACUCGCUGCCAAAAAAGCCAUAUACGACGCGAUAUUGCUGAUACAGAAUCACGAAAGAGCCAGGACGGGACGUUGCACCGGAGAGGACGUAAAACGUUUAUACGAUUACAACAAGAAGGUAGCGGACGGAUGGAUAGUGCCGAAAAAAAUAGAGCGCACCAGGUAUGUCAGGUCGGCGAUAACGAUACAACGCGCUUGGCGACGUUACGCCGCGAGAAAAGCCACGAGAAGACGAAUCGCGCGUCUCGAGGAAGCUCUAGGUAUGACGAUACCCAGCUGGAGGUUUCGCAAAACGAUCGCAGCGGAUGAGGAGAAUUUUCAGCGACGACGUGCCCUGAUGCCCAUAUUCGAGGCACACACCCAAAAGACCAUCAGCGACGAACGGACGAGGCUGCUGAGAAUCCGGCCCGGACUGAUGGAGGACAUCACCGAUGAGAUUCACGAGUGGUUCGUCAUCUGGUACGAUACGUUAGGCCACUACGACGUAUUUCCGGCAGCGGACGUCGGCGGCAGCGUGUUGAUCGCGACCGGACAGACCUCGACGCCGCAGGAAUACCUGAUGGGAAAAUUGGAGAAGGAAAAACAAGCCAAGAUGAAGCGGCAGCGCCGAAGGUUUGGGCCGGUGACACCGGCGCUCAAAAUUGAACCCGUCAAACCCGAAGCUCCUCAAGGCUGGAGGAUGCGGCGAACAAACGCUCUGUCCUGUCUGGAGGAGGCGAACGAGGAUUUUAUCCGAAAUUGGAGUCUGCGCGACGAAAGCGACAAUCCGGAGCAGGAGGAGUACCUGGAUCUAAUUACCGAGAAGCUUUGCCACGAGUUGCAACUGGAAAUGAGGGAGAUCGUGGACGAGCUGAUGAGGGCCGAACUGGAAUUGCUGAAUAAGGCUUUGCUGAAGGAUCGCGCGCGAGAUAAAGAGAAAUUCGAGAUUCCGAAGACGUAUAAAGAUGUUCACAAAACCAGAGCGCCGCCGAAAAAGAGGGACAUCUUGGAAGACGAGGCGGUCGAAGAUCUGUUCAAUGAGCUGUUGCAAGCCAAGAUUAUCCGAAACUAUCGGGUUGUCUUCCUACGCGACUGGCUGGGCGACCUUUCCUAUCAGAAUUACGAAGCCCGUCGCGAUCUUCGAAGCUACAAGCAUCGGCUGGGGGAGAUCAAGCAGCUCAUUUUGGAGUACUGUGUGCUGCCCUUAAGCUCCAAGGAGACCCAUCGAAUCGCGCCUCUGAUACGUUCCGUGUGCAUCUACGGAUUGCCGGGAGCCGGGAAGACUUCGCUCGCCAAUGCGAUUUGUUCAGAGGUCGGGGCAUUACUGUUCGACGUGUCACCAACCGUUUUGCUAGGCAAAUACGUGGGCAAGGAGAAGCAACAGAGACUUAUGAACAUGAUCGCCAAAGUGGCCCGCGUUUACGCGCCUUCCAUCAUUUUUCUCGACGCCGGCGAGAGACCCUGGUUGAAGGAAGUUCCGCCGCAAGAACGGCACCUUCAGCCCAAACGGUUCGCCAAGCAUUUUGUCAAAUUGGUGAGAGGCAUCAAGCCAGGAGAUCAGAUACUGUUUCUCUCGUUGUCCGAGGAACCGCAAAAAGCCAGCGACGCCUUCAUUAAUCUACACGACAAAUUUAUAAGGGUGCCCGCCACCGACUACAACACCCUGUACAUGUACUACAAGGAUCUGCUGAUGAAGUAUCACAACGUCGACCGGGACAUCGACGUCUCCUGCUUGGCCAGGAUGUCCAUCGGGAUUCCCCUGGACUUUAUCCGCCAGGCUGUGGAGAAGGUGCUGUCGCUGCGACGAAGAAUCACCCUCAAGUUCAACCCCUUAACUCCGAUCGAGAUAAUGAAGGAGGUGCUGACAUACCAAUACCCUACAGCGGAGAUGGUGGAGGCGCUGGACAAGUUUGAGAAACGCGUUUCACUUGCCAGAGCGAAGAGGAGAAGAGUUCGCGAAUGAACAAAGGGAAUAAAAAUUCUCGCACGAUGCAGAAAAGUGUAAUCACAUAUAUAUAUGUAUGUAAUAUUUCUCGUCGAGUUGAUGAUGAGUCGCAUGACUCAUCGAGAUAUACGAAUCUAAAAUAUUUCUAUCCCUUUUAAUUACAUAUUUUAAUUAUUUUUCG